AGGAUUUUAUUGAGCUCGAACGAUAUUAAAAUUCUAACCAAUUGAACAUCCUGUGUUCUCCGUGACUUUUCUUGAUGGAAAAUUUGAUGGGCGACCUUGGCAGAGCUGAAAAACAAAUGUUAUCGUUACUUCAUCCGGCACAGCAGUAACACUUUAGGACAACUAAUGUCAGCUGCCAGUUUACGUCGAUCUUAAACAUAUGAAAAAUUAAAAGCAAUUUGUGGCUCAAAGCUGAUAGGUCACUUACUGUUAUUAUCCCAAAUAGGCGGUUGAUAUGCCUAUCAUUAAACACAUCGUGAAAAUUGCCAUGUCGUAUGGGUAACAGAUAAAUUAAGACGUUAUCAAGUGAACGAACCAAAAUAACUGUACGUGAGUGUAAGAGCGGAAAAAGAAACUGAACGUCAAUGUCUGAAUACUUGAACACAAAGAUAAAUGGAACACAGCCAUCGAGCUGCCUCAGCAAUCCUACAGCAGACAAAAUCGGAAAAACCUUUGCUUACUUCCUGAUUUUUCUUGUCUCGCUGGCUGGGAACACCGUCAUCGGAAUAAUUGUCUACAAGACGAAAACCGUGAGAAAACCCAUCAACUUUUUCAUCGUAAACAUGGCCAUGUCCGAUUUAUUGUAUCCAAUUUCGGUGAUCCCGUGGCUAAUACAAACCCUCUAUACAGACUUCUGGUUGAUCGGUGGUCCUCUUGGCCAGGUCUUGUGUAAGCUGAUUAACUUCUUUUCAGAUGUCUCCACUGCUGUGUCUAUUCAGAGCCUGGUUCUGAUAGCAGUGGAUCGAUUUGGAGCUGUGGUAUAUCCCCUCCGUUCCCCACUCAUCAGAUCAAAGCUGUGCCCGUUCAUCAUUCUCGUCACUUGGAUCGUCGCGAUGGCUAUCUACUCCCCAUAUCUCUUCGCCUUCAAACUUGUUGCGUACCCAGAAGGGUUGUUGUGUGAGCUGCAUUGGAAUGAAGCCUUUGGAGAGUCUUCGUCGUUAAAGAAUUACAAUGUGUCAUUUCUGGUUAUAUUCCUUUAUUCCCCUUUAGUGUUGAUAGCCACACUUUACAUUAUCAUCUAUUUAAAGCUCAAAUCCCAAAAGAUUCCAGGCGAGCAAUCAGUCAACGCUGGACAACAACGCCAGCAAAGGGAACGAAAUGUGUUAAAUAUGGCCAUUGCUAUUGUGUUAGGGUUUGCAGUAUGCUGGCUGCCCUACUCAAUCGCCAUAUUACUCUUUCAGUUUGCAUCGGACUUCAGGCCUUAUGGCUUCAGAUGCUUUUUCUCUGUCGCCAUUUUUAUGACUCGCGUAAAUUGUGCCGUUAAUCCUUGCAUCUGUUUUAUUUUCAGUAGAAAUUAUCGUACCGGGCUCAAGACUCUCUUUAGAUAAAUGACCUGAAACUUGAAGAACCCUAUUUUAAGAUUGAAUUUGUCUAACUGCCACAGGAUAGGUCGGCAGAAGUCGAAAAAUCGUUUGUUUCGAUAUAAAUAGUUUCUUUGAGCUCUAAGCUCUUUAAAUUAUAUUCGAGAAAAUCGAGUAACAUGAUUUUCGCCCCGAUCGGCCGCCAAAAUGGCCAAUCGCAAAGACUGAAAAUUAGUCUUGAACUUAAUUUGCGUUCGCGUGUAAAGAAGAACCAAAACUUAUCGAUACUUUUUCUUGAAAGUCAAAGUAUUCAGUAUUAGAAACAGAUUAUAGCUAGACCUGAGCGCCAUUCCAGGAUAAAAACACAAAUGUGUAAAAAAGGCCUUUGUUUACUCAGGUGAUAUUCCCAAUUUCGGAAUUAAAGUCAGAGAUAUUUUCUGACAUGUGCCAUAACUCCAAAUUCCUUGAAAUUUCGCUUUCGGAACACUUUCAUGUUGUUGUAAAACAUGUAUCAAAAUCAGCUUGGGUUAUUCUUCGAGUGGUUUUUGAGGCACGGCUAAAACAAACCCUGGUCUUAACUAAAACAUCACGAAAAGUUAGCAAUAGCACAUGUCGAAAAAUCAGUCUGAAUUUUUUUCCCAAAUUGCGAUCGGCCAUUUUGGUGGCCAUGGGGAGUCUAUGGGGCGAAAAUCGUUUUUCUAGAUUUUCUCGAAUUUAAAGCGCUUCGAGCUAAAAAAAAAUGUAUAUCUAGAUCACAUUUCAUAUCCACCAAAGCGCUAUUUGCCGCCAAAAUUAAAUUUUACCCAAUUUUGGCUGACAUUUGCUCGUAAAACUGCUUUGAAUCAGAUUCAAUGUACACUACAGCUUCAGUCAUUUAAGAAAACUUCGCAGAACUGUUUUAAACCUUGUUUAGCAGAGAGUUUACAAUCCAUGAUUCUGCAGUAUUCUGAAAACUCCAUUUUUGUAAUUUUCUUAUGUUAAUGAGAAGUUAUAGGUCGUCCUAAGCCUUGUAAAUAAUAUUUAUUCAUCAAUACUGCUGUAUUCAUUUGACUCAAUGUACGCUUGAUAAACUUCAAAGAACGUUUUCUAAUCGUUUUUUUUUUUUGAUAAUUGCUUUGCCAUCAUUAAGCACUUAAUGACUGGUCCCGCGGGAAACAGUGAGUUUUGUUUCCCGUAGACCCUCAACAUUGAGGUCGAGGGGAUACAAACCUGUUUCCCGCGGGUCUAGUAAUUGAGUGUGUUGUUAUACCUCUUAACUCAAAACUAGGGAAAUAAACUGCGCAAAAAUCGUUUGCUUGGCGCCAGCUCCCACACAAAUUUGCCGCGGUUUUAGGGAGCACGACCUGAUCACGUGCGAGUCGAAAGUUCAAGUUGUUGUU